CAGAGUGCAAUCUUCCACAUGGCCUCCAACCAGGCUUGAGUGUACGUUUUGUGUGCGGUCACCUGGUGUAGACAGGCCAAAAAAAUCAUUUAAAUUGCAUGAAUAAGAGGCACUUUAACAGUAACUGACAUGGGUAAAAGUAAAACUACUAAAUUUAAACGUCCGCAGUUCAACGCCGUCGGCCUGCCGGUGAAAGCUGUGAAGGAAGAGGACGAGGAGGAAGACCACGGGGAUGAUGGGUGUCCAGCUGCGGAGUUGUUGGAAAAAUUGCAGAGUCCCAGUGCAGAUGUGCGGGAGUUUGCAUGUGCCAGUAUUUCUCGGGUGGUGCAGCAGAGCCAGACCAUCCCAGGCUUCCUCCAGAGGGAUGCGGUGAAGCGCCUGGGUCCUAUGCUGCUGGACAGCAGUGUGGCUGUGAGGGAGACCGCCACUGGGGCACUCAGGAAUCUGAGUGCAUGCGGAGGUCAGGAGGUAUGUGAGGACAUGGUGAAGCACGACGUCAUGACUCCUCUGACAGCACUGCUUAGAGAGUGCUGUUCUGGGUUUGACACCGCCACCAUGCUGAUGAAAGACCAGAAGAAUGCGGUGGAGGACGUGGCCAAUGAGGCUGUGAACCUGCUGUGGAAUCUAUGUGAAAGCAGCAACCAAGCCCUGUCUGUGUUCAACAAAUCCGGUCUCCUGGAUGUGGUGAUCCAGUGUUUGGAAAGACACCCAAAUAAUGUGGAACUGGCCAUAUCUGCCGCGCACUGUUUGCACAUUGUGACUGAGGAUAACCCAGAGCUGCUAUGUAGCAUAAACACUGCAGUGCUUCGAGCCUUGGAGAAUGUGCUGCUGUCAUCUCAGCCCAGCAUGGCACACACACUCCUCCGGACACUGGCCGCAGGAACACUGUGGAACAUGAAGGGGAAUCUGCCAGCCGCUAACCAGGCCCAGACUCUCAACGCCGUGGUCGCCACCUUGUCACAGUGUCUGGAAACAGACGCAGGUAUGUUGAUCCCUGAGCUCCAACAGGCGGAGGAGACCCGUCACCAAAAUGCACCGGUGGCGGCCGACACAGAAGACAACACUUGUGCAGAAUUUGCUGCGGAGGAGAUGGAUGAAGAGGAGGAACCGCUUAAACAGAAGAAGAACGGCAAAGCCACAAGGGUCAAUAAUGACUUCUCAGACUUUCUGCCUAGGGGCAAGGAGGAGCUGAGAGAGGCAACGGCCUUGCUGACAGCCCAGCAAACGUCCUUAGAGAUCAUCGUCAACAUGUGCUGCUCUGACGACCCCUCUGAUGACGAGUGGGAGGAGUCGUCCAGCAGCGAUGAAAGCGAGAUGGGUCCCGAUGGCCUUUGUGACGGAGUAUCCAAUCUAAUGUCUCCACUGUGUUUAUCAGCCGAGGUUCACGGGGCUCUAAUCAACCACAGCAUCCCCGAGAAGGUUCUCAAAAAGACCCAGUUCCCUAAAAAGGAAGCAAUGGAUGUGUGCCAUCAGAAUCCCUCCUGGAAAGGCCUGAUAAAAAGGAUGCAGCGGGUGCAGUCUCGUGCACUGACAUGCCUCCAUAGCAUUCUCUCCACCAUGGAUGCCGAGUCUCUGGGAGGAGCAUCAGCCCUGCAGGAAGCAGCACAACACCUGUCCACGCUGGUUUUUGGAGCAGCAGACAUAUCCAAAGAUGAGGAGUUCCUAGAGGCAGUCAUCAGUGCCAUGCGAUCUCUUUUACAGAUGAUUGCCUCAAAAAAUAUCCCCCAGUGUAUGACCCCCCAGCAGCUGAUGAGCCUGAGUGAAGCAGCCACCCGCUGUGAUGUUGUCAGUGUAAGAGUCAACGCUGUUGCCAUUCUGGGCAUUACUGGCAGCACAUUAGCCAAAGAGAAGGGCACUGCUGAAACGCUUCAGAUGAUUGGAAGUGCUUUACUUCAAGUUGCCACGAGGGACAGUGAUCUGGUUGUAAAUGGAGAAGCCCUCGAUGCCUUGUUUGACGUUUUUGCAGAUGGAGAUGAGGCAGAGACAGCUGCUAAAAACAUCCAGUUACUACCUGCACUGAAGUCUCUUCAACCAGUCUUUAAGGCCAAGAUUCGUAAAGAGGGAAGAGGAAAGUACACACCUCAGCAGCUUUGUGUGCUAGACAACAUCAAAAUCAACCUGAGAAGAUUCAUUGGUUACUUGGAGAAGGUGAUGAAAAAAUGAGGACUUUGCAGUACUUCAGCAUGAUCUGUUGGACCUGUGUGACUUUAGCAGACAUGCUAACAGGUGAAACAAGAUGAAAAACAUGGUCGCAAAACCAUCAAGUAUUUAUUAUCUAAACUUUUUGUUAUUGCUUGGUUUCAAUGUUUUUAUUCUUGAAUCAUUUACUAUCUUCAUUAGUAAAUUGAAAGGAAUGGAAUCUACUAAGUAUUACUGCAUUUGGCAGUGAACUUUUUUUUUUCUUACAUUCAACUUUAAAAAGAAUUUAAGAUUUGAAUUCAUAUAUUUUCAUAUUCCCAUCUUAGAUCUGAUGUCAGGCAAUGCUCUGUGGCCAACUCUUGCAGUUUGCCUUUACUAUUUCUGACCAAUGGUGAGAAAUAGAACUACUCAUAUUUGCUCUUUGCAGGCCUUGAUUGGACUAGGAUAAACUACUCUAUAAAAAGGAGACAAUUUUUUUUCCGGAUUUCAAUGUUGUGUAAUGGCACAAUUAUUUUGUUCUGUGACUGGCCUGUUUUAAGUGGAACAAUGCCAUGGAAGGUCUGGCAAACCCACUGCCAGCUAAGGUUGUGAUCAAAAUAAAACUUUAAGACAAA